AUGCCCCAGUGGGAUAAGAGAGAGAGAGAGAGAGAAAUAAUGAGGAUGGAUAGAGGACACUGGUUCCGGAUUAUCGCAAAUAUCGGGCGAGUGUCCUCUCCCCUAGCCGCCGAGGCGAUUGACGAGCUCGUCUUGAUGGCUCGACACAAUCUUUCGGAGCCACAACUGCUCCAGUCGAUUCUCAACGAGAUAGAAGCCAUCGGCUCAUUGUAUCCGACGGCACUGAAGAAGCACUCGGCGUUCUUCCAGACACUGACACGUAGUCGGGUCAUCGAGAGGAUUCUCGCACAUUUGAGCAUGAACAAUGAGAAUUUGCCGAUGGAGAAGCAAUCCAGUGAAUCGCUGCUUUCGAAAAACUCAAAAGUUUUCGGGAAUCUGAUAACAAGUGGCGGGCGGACGGUGUUCGAAGUGUGUGAGUCGCCGACUGUCGAGUUGUGUGAGCUGGAUAGAAAUACGCAUUCGUUGGCGAUGCAGUAUCAGAAUAAUAGGUCGAGUGGAUCGUUGAGCCGGAGGAGUCACGCGAGUAUUGCACACUCGUUGGGAGCAGGCACUCAUGGCGCCUACUCGGAUAUAAUGGAAUCGCGUGAUCUAUCAAUGAUCUCGAUGCCAUCCAGUUCUCGAACCAACGUCCUCUUAUCAUCCCAACCCACUACCUUAUCCUCUCGUGCCCACCAAACCCUCCCCCAAUCCUUCGCUCCUCAAACCCAAAUGACCCAAAUCCAAAUGGGCAAAGACGGGCGGGUCCGUCCGGUCGGUGGCGGUCGACGGCCUGUCCAAUGGCCCGCGGGAAGCACUGAAACCACUUUCCCAGCUCAUCUGGGACCGAUUACCACGUCGAAGAUGUGCGCGUUGAAUGAAGAGGAUGAGAAGUGGAUUAAUAACGAUAGAAAUGACGUGGUCUAUAAAUUUGUGGAGCAUCGAAAAAACAAGAUUCGAAGGUAUAUUGGAGAAGUGAACACACGGUUUCCGGUUCCAGUUCAGUGUACGGUGGAGGGAUCGAAAAGUUCAAAACACCGUAUGGUCAUCCAUUUCUCCUGCCAAACUCGCUCCUCACCCUGCUGUGUUUUCACAAAAGAAUAUCUGUUUGCCUUUAAAACCAAGUACCCAUCAUUCUGGCUCCAUUUCAUGUUCCUCCAAAUGGAAUGCUCUGCAAUUACUCAAUUCGGGGAGGUCGUCGGAAAAGAUUCUCAACAAUAUCAGACACUGGAACACUGUUGGAAGUGUCUACCCUCGUCAAUCACAAAAAACGUCCCAUUCGAUACAAUGAUCACGGCGGCGUUUCCCAAUUCAAAGGAUCAGGAAAAACUGAUAAAGGAACUCGACGAGGCGGGAUUCUUCGCGUGUUUCACAAUGGACUCGACGAACAACAUGUGGAAUUGUAUAAGUUGUACGAAUCCUGAGAAAGUCAAGUACUUUGUUGAGGAGGGAGGAGCUGAGAAGGUUCUGGAGGGACAGUUAAAGGAGAAAAAGGGACGAUGGAGGUUUUUGAAGAGAUGGAAUACAAAGUACUUCACGUUGUCAUCGGCGGCACUCAAUUAUAGUACACAGCAUAUGCCGACCGAUUCCCGCGCCCUGCUCCCUUCAAUAGACCUCCGAUCGAUCCGAUCCGUUAGAUCUCUUGGCAGAGGAAAGAAAGCUAGAAAAAGUCUCCGGAAAGCGUUCGAAAUCUUCACCGCCGACAACACCUCCCUAAUUCUAAAAGCCAAAGACGAGAAGAAUGCGGAGGAAUGGUUACAGUGCCUUCAGAUUGCAAUGGCUCACGCCAGACGGGAGUUGACUUAA